AUGGCUCUCUUUGACAUCGGAUUCAGUGUUCAAUUGAGUGGUGUUUUGCUGAGUGAUGGCUGCGGACGACUGAAUGGACAUACUUGCGAUGGACUGGUCGUGUGGUUCGGCGAUAAUCAAAGAAUCACUUCAUUUGAUCCCGGUCGACAAGUGAUGCGAAUCGCCGGCAAAGCGACGAAAGGGAAGGGCAAGCGAUGGACGAAAGGGGGGUCCAGUAGUUGCAACCCUAACACCAAUAAACACCGACUCCACGCCCGCACCGGCACUUUGGUGGCCACACACUCGCCAUCACUACCACCACAUCCGCGACAGUCAUCACUCCGAUUGAGUCCCAAUGUCUUACAUCAACACAAUUUGACUCAAUUACAGAAAUUAGGUUUAGAUGAUCGCCAGUCACUGACCACCACUUCCAACCACAACACACCCGAUGAUGAGUCAAUCGGCGGCCAAUCAUUUGCCAGCGUUUGGACCAACUGUUCAAACGUUAGUUUCAAUAAACUGUUGCUUGGAUUCGACUCUUCGUCUGCCAUUCAUAAGCAGAUGUUAUCGGUGUUGGCGGCCAUUACGGAGACCAUCACAUCAAACGGUGGCCAACAGUCAGAAACGGAGUAUUUCGCGGCUCUCAUGACAUGUCUGGAGAAUGUGGACACUGAGGAGACACUGACGGCAGUUCUGUGUCUGAUCCAAAUGGUGAUCAAACGGUUGCCCCCGAAUGUGAUUCGACUGAAGUUUUCGGAAACUUCUAAAGUGUUUGUCGACUAUUUGGCGAAAUAUAUCAAAGGAGACAACGGUAUGAUCGCUGAGUCGCUCACCAAUAGUUUGGCGACACUUCUACAGCACCAGGAGUUCGCCGUUUGGGAACUGAGUUCAACCAAAAAUAUCUUUGAGAUAAUCCUUUCCCUUACCGUUCAUAAUAAGCCCCGAAUCCGGAAGUGCUCGCAACGAUCUAUCGCAAGGAUUCUUAAGACAAAUAUAAACCAAUCGAAGACUUCUUUAUGUCAUCCGAUCGCUAAACUAACCGCAGAUUUCUGUAUCAGAAAACUUGAAGAUCACGGAACCAAUGAUGACAUUAAUUCAACGCUUUAUGUCUUGAAUUUAUUGACUGAUAUCUUAUCAGUUCUGCCGAACGCCGGCCUCAAGAAGUGUUGUGAAGCAAUACUAACACAAAUGACUUUCGGGAAUGUGUUGAUCGUUUCGACCGCUUUUAAGGCCUUUUAUGUGAUGUUUUCCGCGAAUCCACACCAAGACAUCCUCACACCUGAUCUCAACGCUAAGUUGAUAUCAGCCCUCUAUGACUAUCAGCCAAACAUUAAUGACAGUCAACCCCUUUGCGCGUGGGUUGAAGCCAUCAGACAAGGCUUUCUUAACUUAUACCGAAUCAACAAAAAACUUUGUUUUAAUCAUUUGCCCAAAUUGUUUAACACUUUAAUUACUUGUCUGUUGUCCGACUCGAAAGAAGUUCAUUUGAAUGUCACCAAUAACUUGAAGCAAAUUUACUCACAAUGUAUCCAAAGUUCUUGUCUUGAGAUCGACCAACUUAUCAUCGAAAGAGUCUAUUCGAGUGUUGAAAAAUCACUUCAAUACGAGUAUUUCAACGCUUAUAUCCCUAUCUUUGAAUUGAUAUCUAAGCUAUUGAAUGAAAAUUUUAAAGAUUUUACGGCUAAUAUUAUAACUAAAUUAAUUACAAUCCGCGAGAGUUAUGAUAACGUUUAUGCAUCCAAUGUCGACCGUACCAUCGGUCGUGCCGUUCAAGUGUUUGGACCCAAAUUUGUUGUCACUUUGUGUCCAUUGGAUCUAAACGAAGAUAAUACAGAUAUAUCUCAUAAUUGGUUGAUUCCAGUGAUCAGAGACAACACCAAAGGCACUGAAUUAGCCUUUUUUAUCGACCAUUUCCUUCCAAUAGCGACGACUUUACUAAAGACAUGCAAAAAGUUAGAAACGGAUGGAAAUAUAGUAACCGCAAAGACCUGUGCUAUUCUAUUAUCACAAAUUUGGUCACUUUUGCCAUCGUUUUGUAACCAACCGAACGAUUUCGACAAAUCAUUUAAAAGAAUCGCCAAAAUGUUGGGCGAUUUGCUGUCAACUGCGGCACCACUUCGACGCUAUGUUUUGUCGGCCUUUAGGAAUAUAUCCAAAGGUCUUGAAACUCCAUUGGGAGACACGUUUCGCACAGAAUUGAGUCGAUUCGCCAAAAACUUUAUUCCGAUUCUCUUUAAUAUUUACACGAAUGAAGAAAAUGAAUCAAAAAAUCAACGAAAUUCUGUUUACGAAAUAAUCGAAAUAUUCUUCUCGGUUGCCGACAAUUCUUUACUCAUUUCAUUGCAUCAAAAAAUAGCCGACAAAUUACAGAAUUGCGAAAGUAAUCCAUUUAUGAGACAAUCGUUGAUGGAUUUGAUUCGCGCUUUUAUUCCAUACCUCGGGAGAGAAGAAUUGAAUCAAAUUUACACUCAAUUAGUGAUUGCUUUCAUUGGAGACAAUAAAUUGAUUACUGAACAGAAGAAAGCAUUUCGUAUAUUAGGAGAGAUUUGUCGCAAUGAGUCCAAUGUAUGCAAAGACUUUAUGGCCACCAUUAAAACCACGGCAUUGGAUCUGAUUAUUAGUAUUGCAAACGCUUAUAAAUCACUGGAUUCUGGAGAUGUUAACAACCAUUUCUUUGAAACAAUGAUUUCAUUUAUGAAAAACAGUGAAUACCCGACCUCUGCAGUCAUUGUCUGUUUGACGCGUUUGUAUCAAGAUUUUCGUAAUGAAAUCCCUAAACAUAUUGAAUGCGAUUUAAUCGAGAAUAUGAUCACAAGUCUUGGUUCAGAGAACCGACAAAUAAUUCAAUCGUCUCUGGAUUUUGUGAAGUAUUUCUUCAAAACUGCUUCAUUGGAUCAGUUGUCGACAUAUUUGGAACUCUUGAUCAGCAAUCUAUCGAAUAUCAAUCGCCGCCAUAAAAAUCACUUCCGGAUGAAAAUUAAAGAAAUGUUUGUCCGUUUGGUUCGCAAAUACGGUUAUGUAAUGGUUUCGAAGAUGAUUCCCGAAGAGUACAGAAAAGUGUUGAAAAAUAUCCGAAAAGUUGAGGAAAGAAAGAAAAGGUUUACUGAAGACAAUGAAAGUGACGGACAAACCCAUAUCACAUCCAAAUCCAAAACAAGUCGCAAAGAGUUUGAGGACAUAAUUGCCAACUCGUCUGACGAGGAAUCUGAAAAUGAAGACCAAAUGACAAAUGUUUCGCAUAAAGAUCUCAAGUCUUGGAUGAAAGACGAGUCGAAUGAUAACGAAAUCAUUGAUUUGUUGAGCACUAAAAUGAGUCAAAAUAUUUUGCAUAAAGACCCGGAAAUAAAGCCAAAGGAGAAGAAAGAAUUGUUUGAAACGACUUCCGAUGGAAAGCUUGUGAUCGAAGACUUGGAUAAACCCAAGAGAGGCACCAAAAGACGGUUAGAAGGCGACGAACGCAUGGAUUUGGAUCAGGACGACGACGACAUGGAUGGCGAUGUCGUGUCCAAUAAGCAAAGUGUGAAGACUUCCCAUUCCCGUCAAUCAGGUUACAGAACGGGAGGGAAAGGUAUUCACAGAAAUGUUAAUAAAGAGUUUGGAGAGGAAUAUAAGUCUAACAAAGCGAAGGGCGAUAUGAAGCGUAAGGGAAGACCCGAUCCUUUCGCUUAUAUACCACUCAACAGACAAACGCUUAAUAAACGAAAGAAAGCCAAACUGAGCGGACGUUUCAAUAAUCUGGUGAACGCCGCCCGAAAGGGGGCUAAAGUGGGCACUAAUAAGAAGUCAAAGAAAGCGCUUGUCUUUUCCUGUAAUUUAUCGAAGAAUGCUUUCGAAGAACUUAAAUGUUUGACGUCUUCUGAGGAUGUGUUCGAGUCUUUAACCUCCUGCGGGGCUAAGAGCGACACCUCACUGGUGGCCAACGGCGUCACCUCUUCCACAGUAAUGGCCGGCAUAUUGUUAAUGAUUUUGAUGUCGGGCUGA